UCCGGGAGAAAAGCAACAGUGUCCUCCUGAGCCUAAGGCCACCUCGGCCGAGCCGAGCCGGGCAAAGAGACCAGUGUCUCCCUGUCCCCCCGCCUCUAGGUAAGAGCGCCCCCUCCCACUGCAUUUGCGGGUCCCAGUCUCUGCGGUGCUAGGACUGGAUAAGGGGAAGUCUCCGCGGCCUGGCAAGAGCCCUGAGAUCAGCUGCAGACUAGGCAGCUCGGCAGAAACCCGUGGGGGAGAGAGAGCACCCCAGGAGCUCUGGAGCCUUAGGAUCAUGGACACUCUCAAUAGGAACCAAAUAGGCCCUGGAUGCAAGACCCAGACCAUGGUACAGAAAGGACCCUUGGACCUGAUUGAGACAGGCAAAGGGCUGAAAGUGCAAACGGACAAACCCCACCUGGUAAGCCUGGGCAGUGGACGACUCAGCACAGCCAUCACUCUCCUGCCGCUGGAGGAAGGGAGGACGGUGAUUGGUUCUGCAGCCAGAGACAUCUCACUACAGGGCCCAGGCCUGGCUCCAGAGCACUGCUACAUCGAGAACCUGCGGGGCACCCUCACCCUCUACCCCUGUGGCAAUGCCUGCACUAUUGAUGGGCUCCCUGUCCGGCAGCCUACCCGGCUCACUCAGGGCUGCAUGUUGUGCCUGGGUCAGUCCACCUUCCUCCGCUUUAACCACCCGGCUGAAGCCAAGUGGAUGAAGAGCAUGAUUCCAGCAGGGGGCCGAGCCCCAGGGCCCCCCUACAGCCCUGUUCCUGCAGAGUCAGAAAGUCUGGUGAAUGGGAACCAUACCCCACAGCCUGCAACACGGGGACCCUCAGCCUGUGCCAGCCACAGUUCCCUGGUGAGCUCUAUUGAGAAGGACCUGCAAGAGAUCAUGGACUCACUGGUGCUAGAGGAGCCUGGAGCUGCUGGCAAGAAACCUGCCGCAACCUCUCCACUGUCGCCGAUGGCUAAUGGUGGGCGCUACCUGCUGUCCCCCCCAACCAGUCCCGGUGCCAUGUCUGUGGGCUCCAGCUAUGAGAACACCUCUCCAGCCUUCUCUCCACUCUCCUCACCAGCCAGCAGUGGAAGCUGUGCCAGUCACUCACCUAGUGGGCAAGAGCCAGGACCUUCAGUGCCCCCACUGGUGCCUGCCCGUUCCUCUAGUUACCAUCUGGCCCUGCAGCCCCCACAGUCCCGCCCAAGUGGUGCUCGCUCUGAGAGUCCUCGGCUGAGCAGGAAAGCAGGCCAUGAGAGGCCUCCCAGCCCUGGCCUCCGGGGUCUGCUGACAGACAGCCCUGCCGCUACUGUCUUGGCAGAGGCCCGGAGAGCCACUGAGAGCCCCCGGCUGGGUGGGCAGCUGCCUGUGGUGGCCAUCAGCCUGAGUGAAUACCCAGCUUCUGGUGCUCGCAGUCAACCCACCAGCAUUCCUGGCAGCCUCAAGUUCCAGCCUCCAGUCCCUGCUCCCCGAAACAAGAUUGGCACACUCCAGGACCGCCCUCCCAGCCCUUUCCGUGAGCCUCCAGGCAGUGAGCGGGUGCUAACAACCAGCCCCUCACGCCAACUGGUGGGCCGAACAUUUUCAGAUGGGUUAGCCACCCGUACCCUGCAGCCUCCUGAGAGCCCCCGCCUGAGCCGGCGGGGCCUGGACAGUAUGCGAGAACUACCCCCCUUAAGCCCAUCUCUGUCCCGACGAGCUCUCUCCCCACUGCCCACCCGGACCACCCCAGAUCCCAAGCUAAGCAGGGAAGUAGCAGAGAGUCCUCGGCCCCGGCGCUGGGGAGCCCAUGGGGCCUCACCAGAGGACUUCUCCCUGACGCUGGGGCCACGGGGCCGUAGGACACGGAGCCCCUCACCCACACUGGGUGAGUCUCUGGCACCCCGAAAGGGCAGCUUCAGUGGCAGGCUGAGCCCAGCCUACAGUCUGGGCUCUCUUACUGGGGCAUCACCCUGCCAGAGUCCGUGUGUCCAAAGGAAGCUCUCCAGUGGGGACUUGCGGGUGCCUGUCACAAGGGAGCGGAAAAAUAGCAUCACAGAGAUCAGUGACAAUGAGGACGACCUCCUGGAGUACCACCGGCGACAGCGCCAAGAACGGCUCCGGGAGCAGGAGAUGGAGAGGCUGGAACGCCAGCGCCUGGAGACCAUCCUGAACCUGUGUGCCGAAUACACCCGGGUUGAUGGGGGACCUGAGGCUGAGGAGCUUCCCAGCAUUGGGGAGGCCACUGCAGCAUUGGCACUGGCAGGCCGAAGGCCCUCACGAGGUCUUGCAGGAGCCUCUGGGCGGAGCAGCGAGGAGCCUGGAGUUGCCACCCAACGCCUAUGGGAGAGUAUGGAGCGCUCAGAUGAGGAAAAUCUCAAGGAGGAGUGCAGCAGCACUGAGAGCACCCAGCAGGAGCAUGAAGAUGCACCUAGUACCAAGCUCCAGGGAGAGGUGCUAGCCCUGGAAGAGGAGCGGGCUCAGGUGCUGGGACGCGUGGAGCAGCUUAAGGUCCGUGUGAAGGAGCUAGAGCAGCAGCUGCAGGAGUCAGCCCGAGAGGCCGAAAUGGAGCGGGCACUGCUGCAGGGAGAGAGGGAGGCAGAGCGUUCACUCCUGCAGAAGGAGCAGAAGGCAGUGGACCAGCUGCAAGAGAAGCUGGUGGCCUUGGAGACAGGCAUCCAGAAGGAGAGGGACAAGGAGAGGGCGGAGCUGGCCGCGGGACGGAGGCACCUGGAGGCCCGCCAGGCGCUCUACGCCGAGCUCCAGACACAGCUCGAUAACUGCCCCGAGUCAGUGCGGGAACAGUUACAGGAGCAGCUGAGAAGGGAGGCAGAGGCCCUGGACACUGAGACAAAGCUCUUUGAGGACCUGGAGUUCCAGCAGUUGGAGCGGGAGAGCCGCGUGGAGGAGGAGCGCGAGCUGGCCGGCCAGGGGCUGCUCCGGAGCAAGGCUGAGCUGCUCCGCAGCAUCGCCAAGAGGAAGGAGCGCCUGGCCGUCCUCGACAGUCAGGCCGGGCAGAUCCGGGCUCAGGCUGUGCAAGAGUCGGAACGCCUGGCCCGGGACAAGAAUGCUUCCUUACAGCUGCUGCAAAAGGAGAAGGAGAAACUGACUAUGCUGGAAAGGAGAUACCACUCACUCACAGGGGGCAGGCCUUUCCCGAAGACCACAUCGACCCUCAAAGAGGCUGAGCUGCUCAUCUCCGAGUCCUCAGAGAUGGGGCUGGGGACUAAGGCUCUGGGCCUUUUCCCAGGGUCUUUUCAGGCUGGGGCCUCCUCUGUCUCUUUAAUCCCACCUGUGUCCACUCUUCUCUGCCCCAAAGCACAAGAGGAAUAUGUGACCCUGGCAGAAGUUUUCCAGCUGUGUUCCCGCUUGGACCCCUAUGCUUCUGUCACCUCCCCCAGUGUGCUCGCCCAGCCCCUGCCUGACAGUGAGUACGUGAUGCUUGAGCAGCUAAAGGUGAUGCGGGGCACCUCGCCCAUGCCCCCAGCCCCUGUGCCAGACCUUCCUCCCUGGGCCUCCGCCUCCCGGGACCUGGUUCCCACCACCUGCCUUCCUCCCAUGCUGCCCUCCUCCUCCGCUUCCAUCACGCCUUCACCCAAGAUGGAGAAGCUGCUGCUCCCUGCUGUAGACUUAGAGCAGUGGUACCAGGAGCUGAUGGCCGGGCUGGGGACUGGCCCUGCUGCAGCCUCCCCUCACUCUUCUCCCCCGCCUCUGCCUGCCAAAGCUUCCCAUCAGCUGCAGGUCUACCGCUCCAAGAUGGAUGGCGAGGCCACCAGCCCCCUUCCCCGGACGCGGAGUGGCCCACUCCCCUCCUCCUCUGGCUCAUCCUCCUCCUCCUCCCAGCUCAGCGUGGCUACCUUGGGACGUAGCCCCUCCCCAAAGAGUGCUCUACUCACCCAAAAUGGCACGGGCAGUCUUCCUCGAAACCUGGCAGCCACGCUCCAGGACAUCGAGACCAAGCGCCAGCUAGCUCUGCAGCAGAAGGUCGAGUCGCUUCCUGCCGAGCCCCUUCCAACCGACGAACCAGCAGGACAACAAGUGAUUGAGGAGCAACGGCGGCGACUGGCCGAACUGAAGCAGAAAGCGGCAGCUGAGGCACAGUGCCAGUGGGAUGCCCUGCACGGGGCAGCGCCCUUCCCAGCAGGCCCCUCGGGCUUCCCCCCUCUCAUGCACCACUCUAUCCUACACCACCUGCCUGCUGGGCGGGAGCGUGGGGAGGAGAGUGAGCACGCCUAUGAUACGCUGAGUCUGGAGAGCUCUGACAGCAUGGAGACCAGCAUCUCCACUGGGGGCAACUCGGCCUGCUCCCCUGACAACAUGUCCAGUAUGAGUGGUCUGGACAUGGGGAAGAUCGAGGAGAUGGAGAAGAUGCUGAAAGAGGCUCACGCAGAGAAGAGCCGGCUCAUGGAGUCAAGGGAGCGGGAGAUGGAGCUGCGGCGGCAGGCCCUGGAGGAGGAGCGGCGGAGGCGUGAACAGGUAGAACGGAGGCUGCAGAGUGAGAGUGCCCGGAGGCAGCAGCUGGUGGAGAAGGAGGUCAAGAUGCGGGAGAAACAAUUUUCCCAGGCACGACCCCUGACCCGCUACCUGCCAAUCCGGAAGGAGGACUUUGACCUGAAGACCCAUAUUGAGUCAUCAGGCCAUGGUGUUGAUACCUGUCUGCACGUGGUGCUCAGCAGCAAGGUCUGCCGGGGCUACUUGGUCAAGAUGGGCGGCAAGAUUAAAUCAUGGAAGAAGCGCUGGUUUGUCUUCGACCGGCUCAAGCGCACCCUUUCCUAUUAUGUGGACAAGCAUGAGACGAAGCUGAAGGGAGUCAUCUAUUUCCAGGCCAUUGAGGAAGUGUACUAUGACCACCUGCGCAGUGCAGCCAAGAGCCCGAACCCAGCCCUCACCUUCUGCGUGAAGACCCAUGACCGGCUGUACUACAUGGUGGCCCCAUCUGCAGAGGCCAUGCGCAUCUGGAUGGAUGUCAUCGUCACAGGGGCUGAGGGCUACACUCAGUUCAUGAACUAACUGCCAUGGGCCUCCUGGCAGAGCACAACUGGGACUUUAAUAUUCUAUAAGGAGCUUGGUCCUGUGAGUUUCUAGGCUCUGGCCUCCUGAAGAACCAGCCAGAAGAAGAAAAGUGGAGGUGGCUGCUGCCUCCUCGGAGCCCAGAACUUGCAGUAAUCCUUCAGGGUCCUGCCCCGGGCCCAGCCAGGGCUGAGGAGCUGUCACAGAGAGGACCUCAGCUCUGACCUGACACCUCUCCCCAGCCUGUUUUCUCUUUUCUAAAAGACAAAUUAUGGUACCAUAAGCUGCCAAAGAUCCCCUCCUGCCUCAGACCCCUUUGCCAGGGGCCUUGGAGGCUGAGCAGAGCCACAUCCAGAGUGGGGUGAUAGCUCAGGCAGCCCACUUCCCACUUCUCAAACCCCGCUCUGCCCCAUUGUUCUCCCUUCCCUUAUACUUUUUAUUACCUUGCUCAAGGGCCAGAGAUCUCAAGUAUCAUCCUUGAGGUCCCAGCUCCAUCCCCUAGUUGCAGACCCAUCACCGUGGUUACCAUAGCGACUGCUUCAUUGCCACGGUUACAUACUAAUUGCUGCCGCUCUGUGGCCCAGCCCACUGCUUCAGCUGUGGGCCAUCUGAAGGUACAUGCCAUCAUCUCUCCAGCCCAGGCCUCUGGGCAUCUCGUGGUGGGGGAAGGGACCAAAUACCUGCUCCCUGCCCCCUGCCUGUGUCUUCAGCCCUGAUGCACAGCCUGCCAGUCCCCCAGUCCAGCCCUCUCCCUUCCACUGGUGCCUUGCUUAGAGCCAGAAGGGAUGAAGCCGGGGGAUCUAGGGAACAGAGGAGGAGCGUUGCUCUUGGGAGAGGAAGCUAGAAGGGUUAUGGUUGGAAUUCUGUACAGGGUUGAGUUUCUGACAGGGAAAGGGGGUUGCUCGGAUGCUCCUAGAGGGAAAGCCUGAGCAGGAGAGGAUGCAACAGAGGGGAAGGGCCCUGUGGUGCCGCCGCCCUUCCUUCAGCCUCCCGAGGGUCAUGGAAAUGGAGAGUGGAGGACCAGGCCUCCAGCUGUCUGGCCUUGCCCUUCACGCCUUAACACUAAGUCCACUUCCCCUGCUCUCCUUCCCAGCACUGAGCCCUUGGUUGCCUGGGCCCAGGCUGGGUGUUUUCAGUAUUUGGAAGCAUUUCAGCAGAACAAUAAAGCCUUUGGACUACA